AUGCCACGACAAGUGGACAACAUAAAAGAAUUCCUGCACAUGACACAGAGGGCGGACGCCAAAUCUGUUAAAAUCAAAGAGAAUAAGGACAACGUCAAAUUCAAAAUUCGAUGCAGCCGAUUUUUAUACACUCUUGUUGUAGUUGAAAAGGAAAAAGUUGGAAAGAUUAAACGUUCACUACCUCCAAGUAAUUAUAAUUGA